AUGAGUGCUAAGGUUACAAAGUAUGUGGCAUUGCAACUCAAGAAUCUUCUUGGAACCUACUUGGAUGGAGUGACUGAAGAUUCGCUGAAUCUUCAGCUACUUGGAGGAAAAUUAAAAUUGGAGAAUUUGAGCAUCAAAGAAACUGCUCUUGCUUGGCUCGAGCUUCCGUUUCGCACAUCUGGCAAGGUGGGGCAUCUAGAACUCUCUGUGAACUUUUUGCGAUUUUGGUGGAACGAACCUGUCAUCAUCAUCUUGAAAGAUGUUGAAAUCAACUUCGAACCCCUCGAACAGGCUAGUUUUGUAAAAGGAGACACUCUGAGCUCAGAUGACUAUGCAUCUCACUUCGAGCGCAUCAGAAUUUGGAAAGAGUCUCAAAUCCAUGCACUCAAUGAAAAACAAGAGGACGGAGAAAGAAAAGCUCCUAGCUUUCUAGCACGACUAGCAAAGAAAGUGAGGGACAACUUGCAGAUACAUAUCAGCAAUUUCAGGGUAAAUAUCAUCGACAAACGAGCUUCAAGGGAAGGGCACAAAUGCUUUACGCUAGGAAUCGUCCUUGGCAGUUUGGUUGCGAUGUCAGCUUCCAACAAUGAAUCAAAGGGUAAUCAGCCUUCUGAAGAUACCACGGCAACAGAAAAAGUCCUUGAAAUUAAGGACUUGCAAAUGCAUCUGGUCUCCCAUGAUGACGAACGACGAGACUCUGCUGUAGCUGAGAAAAAUCUAGAAGAUUUCCAGAUCAUCAAACCAAUACAUCUGGUAGUACGCUUGACCAUCAAUGACAACCAUCAAUUCAAGGCUCCGCAGUUCCAUUUUCGAUUGGAAAUGAAUAAGUUGGAAUGGCGCUUUUUCAAGAUGCAGUACAUCAUUAUCUACAAGAUUCUAGAAGAAUGCAACAUGUACAGAAGUAGAAUAGAGCAUUGGUACUGGCGACCUCGAGAACCCCCCCUGAAGGAUCCGAAAAAGUGGUUUCGAUAUGCGAUUCGGAGGAUUCGUGAUCAGGUUCAUCAUCGACGGUGCGCAACAAAGUUGGGAGAGCAGUACACCUGCACGUAUUUGUCGCAGCUUCUAUCGAACGACAGCAAUGAUGAAGGCCGGACGUUGCGGGCUUUCGAAAAUCACCUCAAUGCUGAGUCAAUAGCAAGUUUCCGUCAGGCAGCAAAGCAAAUGUCCGAGGCACAUGAAGCAGCCGUGACAGAGGCCAAAAAGGCUGCGAGAAGUCAACAAUCUUGGGGUCAGUGGGCGAGAAGUUUCGUGGUUUCGUCUUAUGAUCAGGACCUGGAUAAAUCUUCACUUGACGAAGAGAGCAAGAAGAUUCUCAACGAAGCUCUUCAAUUCUCGAAUGCUUCGGAUGACGCAAUCGAAACAAAUGCUUACCCGAGAGAGUAUGCACGAUUUCGAAUUGACUUCUCGAUCUCUAUGGGCUCUCUGACCCUCAUCGAGAAAGGGUGGCUUGCAAAUGAAGACCCGAAAGAAUUGUGCUACAUGCAGUUUGAUGUUUUAGAUGGAAAAUAUGACAUUCGGAGAGAUACGUACAUGUAUGGUUUCUCCUUGCUGUCUUUUGAAAUGCAGGAUAGGCAGAACAGUAUUGAUGGGCUAUCUCGGAUAGCUUCUUGCAACCACGAGAUUAGCGACGAUGAUUCUGAAGCCAAACCACUCCUUACAUGGAACUGGGAUACACUUCCCACAAGUGACUCACCAAAGGAUGGGGGAAACAUUGCUGUCACGCUUGAUGGCUUGCACCUUAUCUAUAGCGUAGAGUGUGUUUUGGGGGUUUACAACUUCUGGAUCGUACCCAAGGAGGAUCGAUUCCCAACUUCAGCGGCGGAAAUCGUUCAAGAUCAUGAAGACGAUAGCUCCGAAUGGCAAUUACAACUGUGGAAAGACCGCACUCGAUUCGAUAAGAGAAUGCAAUGGCACAUUUCUGUUCUGAAACCUUGUAUUUUGUUUCCUGCGGAUCAUAAAAGUGAUUCAGAGCCAGUAAUAGUUUUCGAUCUUGACAGCUUUGAUUGGAAAUCAGUGCUGAUUAGUGGAGACGAUGAGAAACUUGAAUUUUUCGAUCGAAACGUAUUGGACGUGAAAAACACGCGAUUUCGUCUUGCAGAAGAUAUUAAUAUCUGGCUACAUUGCUUGGCAAAUAAUAGAACAGCUUGGAUAAUGAAGGGUAUCACGUUAGCAACAGAUUUUGACUUCCAAAUCACGUGGGAUUGGUGCAAACUCACAGAACCAAUCAGAGUCAUGAAGGAUCUUCCUAGACAGAUAGUCAAGGGAACCCUUCCCUGCGCAAACCUCUUUUGUACAGCUGAACAAUACAACUCUUUCUGGUACGCUUUCUUCAAGGUCGUCAGGUCUCACUAUCCACCGACAGAUGUGGUCAAGGAAACUUCGACAAUUAAGGUAGUCAAGCCUGAAUCAUCAGGAUUGUCCUUUGAAUUUGCGUUCGACAUGAAUGAGCUGAAGCUGAAUCUGUUGGAAUCGGCCUCCGAUUCUUCUGCUCACGAACGAAAGGUGUGUGCACAUGUGUUGUUUCGAGGAUUCAACACAAGAUACCAUAACGGAUACAAGUCUUCUCUUCGGAUGCUCAUGCAGCAUCUAGAGAUCAAGGACGAAAUCAACCAAUUCUCUUUUGCCUCUUCUCAGAGGCAGACGGCAGGACAAGAGGAGGAUGAAUUUGUGUGCAUUGAGCGAGGAUGGAUCGCGCCUGAGAUAUUCCAUGACUAUCAAUAUGAUGCUUGGUGGGAUUUCAAUUUCAAAUCUCUAUCGAUGAAUUGGAAUGAAUCUACCGUCCGCAUAUUAACAGAUUUCUGUACUGGAGCUUUUCGGGAUCGGUCUCAAAGAGCAGGACAGGCACGUUUGAAAUCUAGUCUUGUUGAUGACGACUUGUUCUAUGAAGCCGAAGAGAAUCAGCAUGACCCUCAACCAGCUACUGAUGAGCCUCAUAAGCCGAAGCAGGCAUUGAAAAUCACAGCCUCUAUCAGACUGCUGAGCGCGACGCUUCUGAGGGCCGGGGACACCGUGGUUUGGUUCUCUGAAGCUAACUUGGUAUUACAUGACUAUCAUUUCACGACGAUAUGUCGGAUUUUGAAAUUCAAUCGUCGCCAUGCAGCGAAGGUGGAUUUGUUGAAUGUCUCUGGCGAACAAGAAUCGAUACAAGCCCCAGCUUUCGACCAGUCAAGAUUGAUUGGUACAUUUGAGAUGGCAGGCUUGUCUAUACGCGCUGGAAUGCACAGUCGAGAUCAUGGAUCGACGGAUUUGGUCCGAUGCAAUAUUACAAAGAUGCUUUGCAAUUUUCAAAAAGAUAUUGAUAACUUAGAAAUGGAUUUUAAGGUGAAUUCGGUGGAUGUCACUGAUAUCACAGAAAGUGAUGCUAUGGGGAACAAGGAUAUAUUGAAUGCUGAUUCUCUCAACGAAGAUACAUCUCAUUUAGCCACAAUUCACCGUAAAGAGUUUCUCAGCGAUUGUCCAGAAAAAGAAGAAUAUGACGUGCUAUGGAGACUAGAUUUCCAGAACCUCAUCCUCAACUGGAACGACAAGACUGUCUCCAUGCUCCUCAACUAUGUCAAUACCAUGCAAGAUAUCAGCAAGAGCUUGUUGUCAGGCCGCGAUACGUCUGGAUCACCGAAGAUCGAAGCAGGCGAGGUCAGCAGGGAGCUAGACCAGAGCCUGGAGGACAGGGAAGCAAGCAAGAAGGGAAGGAAAGUAGUGAAAGCAACGGCAUCCAUCAGACUGCUGAGCGCGACGCUUCUGAGGGCCGGGGACACAGUGGUUUGGUUCUCUGAAGCUAACUUGGUAUUACAUGACUAUCAUUUCACGACGAUAUGUCGGAUUUUGAAAUUCAAUCGUCGCCAUGCAGCGAAGGUGGAUUUGUUGAAUGUCUCUGGCGAACAAGAAUCGAUACAAGCCCCAGCUUUCGACCAGUCAAGAUUGAUUGGUACAUUUGAGAUGGCAGGCUUGUCUAUACGCGCUGGAAUGCACAGUCGAGAUCAUGGAUCGACGGAUUUGGUCCGAUGCAAUAUUACAAAGAUGCUUUGCAAUUUUCAAAAAGAUAUUGAUAACUUAGAAAUGGAUUUUAAGGUGAAUUCGGUGGAUGUCACUGAUAUCACAGAAAUUGAGAAGGGGGAACGAGUUUUAUUAUCCUCAAGAGAAAGUGACAAUCAAAGUGGAGAACUCGCAAGGAUACAGUACGCCUCCUUUUCACCUUCCUGCCAACACAAACCAGACUAUGACGUGCUAUGGAGACUAGAUUUCCAGAACCUCAUCCUCAACUGGAACGAUAAGACUGUCUCUAUGCUCCUCAACUAUGUCAAUACCAUGCAAGAUAUCAGCAAGAGCUUGUUGUCAGGCCGCGAUACGUCUGGAUCACCGAAGAUCGAAGCAGGCGAGGUCAGCAGGGAGCUAGACCAGAGCCUGGAGGACAGGGAAGCAAGCAAGAAGGGAAGGAAAGUAGUGAAAGCAACGGCAUCCAUCAGACUGCUGAGCGCGACGCUUCUGAGGGCCGGGGACACCGUGGGGAUGGACGUAAAGGAUGGAAGCGGGAAAUAUCUUAUGGACCAAGUGAAUGUCGGGUUAAAGCUUGAUCGUUGCGUUAAGACAGCCGGGAAAGGGCAAACAGACAAGAGGAUUGAGGUUGCGAUCGAUGUGUCAGAAGUCUGCUCGCAUGUAGAGUUGUCUCAGUUGCAUUUGUUCUUCUCGGUUCUUGGCUCAUCGUUCUCUUCACCAAAGAGAGCCAUUGUCUUGUCUCCCACAAAGAAGUCGAGAAAUUCUUCGGCUGGUAGGGAUUCCAAUCGAUUGCAAUCGAAAGAGCUGAUGGUAAACCUAUCCUUCGCUGCGUUGAAGCUGCUCACUUGGAGUUUGCGAGAUGGCAAGUAUGUGCCUCAUACUUUCUUUUCCCUAGAGCAACCCAAGUUUUACUAUGAGGCACUCGGGGAGUCAAGGAAGAUGAGUUGUUCUGUGCAGAAAUUCGAAAUGACAUUUGAAGGGAACGACAUUCUGGACAAAGUCUCCCUGGUGAGAUAUUACCACGAGAAUGAUUCGCUGGUUCCCGAAACGGAAAUUGAAUCCAAUCCUCAACUCAAGAUUGAGUACUCGGAUCUUUCCGGGCAGGAGGAGAAGCCGGGGUGUGAUUCAAGGCUUCGAAUCGUAUUGUUUCGUCCCGAGAUGAUGUUGGCUCCGAGCGCGGUAGCUGAAGUAUUCUUGUACUUCAGAGACAUCCUGGAAUGUUACGCGCAAUUUCAGAAGAAGUUUCAUCAUUCUCCUAGCGCAAGCACAACGGAAGAGGAGGACCGGCUGACAUCUCUACAGACAAUGAAGACAGACAUAGAGAUCUAUAAACCAAGAAUUUCUUUUCUUGAUGAGAAAUCUAAACAGGGAGCUGCAAAAAUUGUGUUGCAGUCUGAUAUCCGCCUCACGGGCAUGUCUUCCCAUAAUUCUUGGAAGUUUCAGAGCUGCGAUCUGGAGCACAUUGAAAUGUUUGUAACCGAGAAGGUAACGAGCCAGGCGAUGAGGUCGAUUGUCGACCCUUUCGACAUGAACAUUGCCUUGAAACAUGUAGAGGACGACGAAAACUCCAUCGAGUUGCUCGCUGUCGAUAUUUCGUCGGCGGUUGAGGCGCAGCUCUCAUACCAAGAUUGGAUCUUGGCUUACCUGAUGUUCGGAGGCUGGAAAGAACUAUGGAGCCUUCUAGACAGCCAGUCGAAUCUGUCAAAGGGCAAAGAGAGUGCGAAGAUGUUGUUUCGUUCCAAGUCCACGACAGCCUUCACCUUCUGCUGCCCUCAGAUUUGCGUCACUUUCAUCAACGACUGCUUUUCAGAGUCGCACAUCCCUGUGCUGGAGGUGAGAGGGUCGCCGGUGGCUGUGACCAACAACGUGAAAGGAAGUGUUUGGCACCAGCAGGUGAACGUCGGCCUUGAGAUUGACUACUUCAACAUGGAGAUCGCUGAGUGGGAACCGUUCCUGGAGUACUGGCCCCUCAACCUUUCACGGGAGAUGGCCAACAACUCGAUCACAUUGAAAGUUGGGUCGUCAGAUCCAGGGGAGUUCAACCUCACCCUGGGGUUCUUGGAAUGCCUCUCGCUCAACCGCCAGACUUUGCAACGGGCCCUUGACAACCUUGAGAGCGACGGGGCGAUGGAAGAGACUUAUGACGAGGCCGGGAGGAUCAGCAUCUUACACCCCUACCACGUUAGGAACGACAUCGGGGUGGCAGUUGAGUGUGCGACGGUCGAUGACCCGGGCAACGAGCUGAGCAUCGUUGUGGCUCCGGGAGCCUGCGUCCCCAUGGACAUCAAGAGCUCCCGGCGGAAUCAACGGAAGAGACUUGCCAAGGCGCAGCGGAUCUCGCUCAACGUCGGGGAAGGAUGGUACCCUUGUGUGGUCCGGAUCGAUCGAGUGGGCAAGCAGAACCUUGUGUUCAAGCCGAUACGCCAGGAGGGGAACGACUGCAGGGUGAUCUGCGACAUCAAGCUCGUGGAGGGGUCCAAGCACAUCUCCCUCGUCUCCUCUGUUCGCGUGGUCAACAAGACAUCUCACUCCUUCAGCCUCCUCUUCGAGCCCGACGGCUCUCAACCGCAGGAAGGAGGCAUCCUCGACCUCUCGCCCCAGCAGUCCCUCUCGGUCCCCGUGCAGCUCGUGGCUCACUGCUGCCUCCGGAUCCAACCCACCGAGCGACACAAGUGGAGCUCUCCCCUUGAGCUCCGCAAACCCCCGAGGGACGUCAACGGCAAAGCGUGUCCGAGGAUCUGGUUGUACAAUGCCGAAGACUCUUCGGAAUCCACCAGAGACUCCUUCUACAUGUGGGUGAGGAUGAACAGCCCUGACAUGUUCCGCAUCAACAUCACUCUCACUCCCAUCCUCACCCUCUGCAAUGAGUUGGCCCUGCCGAUCAACUACGGCAUCUGCGUUGGUGACAACGGUCAAAAGAAGAUUCCCAAGUCUCAGAACUCGAUCGCACCUGGCGAGAAAGUAGAGCAUCACAACGUAUCCCCCGCCGAGACAGCCUUCUUUGCGAUCAAACUUCCGGGGAUGAAGUGGAGCAACUACGCACGAAUCCAGGCAGAUCGUCGGGUGAAUCAGGAUGUCGAGCUGCACAGAGAAGUCUACUGUAAGGAUGACGCGGACGAUUCGCUCAAAUUGUGUGUCUCCAUCAGCAACUUCGUGAUCCGAGACGCCACCUCUGACUUCGGGCGAGACAGGAGGAUCACGCUCUCCUGCCCCUACUGGAUCCGAAAUCUGACCGGCCUUCCCUUGUCUUUCUGCCUGGGAAGUCCGAAUCUGAACUCGGGGGAUAUGGAUGUAGUCAUGCCAACUCCGCGCAUGCUGUCGAAUGUGAACAUGCAUCCUGCCAUCUCCUCCUUUCCUUCGGGCUUCUCGUUCGCCGGCAUGAACUCCAUGCAAGGGAUGAUGCUGGCUCGAUCCUCGGCUGAUGCCUCCGUAGACUUCAUGAUGCCCGGACUGAAGGAGUUCCAGAGGAUGGAGCUGGAGAAGAACACUGUGUCCAACGGCCUCGUCGAGCGUCCGAUCGGGAGCGAGCGUCUCAAGCCCGAGGACUACCCCUCGCUCAUGUUCUCGUUCUCGGCCUCUAAGCGCAGGCUGCUCCAUGUUAAAGUGGCAGGCUCCAGCUGGUCCGAAGGUAUUCCCAUCCACGAUGGUGGAGCGAGCGGGAUGGUGGAGAUAAGGAACGAGGGGAGGGGCGGGAAUGAAGGGCCGAGCUCUGACUUCCUGUUUCAAUUGUCUCUGACAACUCAGACCAAGAAAGGGACUCACUUCAAGACUGAAAUCCUAACGUUCCGUCCUCGGUUCGUCAUCGUGAACAAGUUAGACCAGACGGUUCAUUAUCGACAGAUGGAUACCGAAGGCAUCUACAUAGUUCGCCCCGACCACAAGACAAACUUUCACUGGCCCAACGCAAACUGUCCCAACGAGCUCUGCAUCCGCAUCGUCGCUGAGGUGGAAGGGACUGAGACUACGAGCAUGCCGUAUGAGUGGUCGGGAGCGUUUGAUAUCUCCACCUUGGGUGAAUCGCAUAUUCGUCUCAGGUCCAAGGAACCUGAGUGGCCCUCGUGCAUCGUCAGGGCAGGAGGGCUGACGGGGACGCAGAUCGAGGUCAGAAACAUCGGUGAGACGCUGCACGUCAUCUUUCAGGCCGAGUCUUCCAGCAUCCCCCCCUACAGGAUCAGCAACAUGACCUCCCUCGCCCUCCUUGUCAAUCAGGCUGUGCAGGGCUACGACCAGCACGUCGACCUGGUGCCCCCCAACUCGUCGAUCCCUUUCGCGUGGGACAAGCCGCUGCUGGAGCAUGUGCUUGCCGUCAGGGUGGCGGGAGCCGGAGACACGCCGUCGUGCGCCCUCUGCAAGUUUGACAAGAUCGGGCAGACCAAGUUCUUCUUCAUCAACGACAGGAAGGUCUUGCUGAGCGUGAUAGCCGAUGGUCCUACGAGGGUGCUGAGAGCUUUCUUCGAGAGCCGCACGGAGAUGGGAGUCGAGUCUCCCGUUGCUGCUCGGGAGGCCAUGCAAGGGCCGGAGGGCUCGACGGAUGAGGGCAACAAGUUUCAGAUGUCAGUUGAGUUCAACAGAGUCUCCGUGACCAUGGUCGACCUCCACCCGCAAGAGCUCGUUUGCAUGCACUUGCAGUGUGUGCAGCUGAACUACGAGAAGAAGCUUCUGCUUACUGAGAAGAACAGGUCCCUGCUCCUGCUCGUGCAAGACUUUCAGGUCGACAACAUGCUUCAGCGCACUCCUCACCCAGUCGUCCUCUACAGCUCGAUCAAGGGGGAUGACAAGCCUUUCUUGCAGCUAGAGAUGGUGCAGGACCUCAACGGCGAGUCAACGAUCCUCACGUUCCAAUCGGUCCUAGCGGAGAUCAAGGACGUGGAGUUGAACCUGGAGGGGAGAAUAGUGAUGCUGGUGUACCUCUACUACUUGUCUUGCAUGGAACUCCUUCAAGUGUCGAGAGGAGACGUCCAGGUUAUAGACGAGAAUGCUCUCUUCUCCCCGAACUCCUCCAACAAGAUCUACGUGCAGUCCUUCGCUCUCCCAGCUGUCAACGUCAACUUCAGCUUCGCCCGCCGCGAUCUCGGGGAAGGCGACUUCAAGAAUGCCAACGAGGUCGCUCAACGGCUGUCAUGGCUCGCAGCAUCGGUCGACAACGCGCCGCUGACCCUCAACGACCUGUCGAUCCAUCAUGCCUUUAUGGACCCGCGGUCCCUCCUCAACGUCCUCCGGGAGCACUACCAGAAGGAGUGCGUGCGGCAGCUGUACCGCAUCCUUGGGUCCGUCGAGGUCCUCGGGAAUCCCGUCGGGUUGAUGAGGAACUUGGGGACAGGGUUCAAGGCGUUCCGGACGGGGAUCAGUGGGCUGCGGAAUGGCGACCAGCAGUCGUUCAAGGACGGGACGAAGGUGCUGGUGCAGCACGUAGGGCACGGGUUCUCCAACACGCUCAGCAAGGUCUCCUCCUCCGUCAGCAGAGGGCUCGCCUCCGUCGCUCUUGAUAAGGACUUCAUCAGGGAGCGGGAGGAGCAGAAGGACUACAGGGGCAGACCGGAAGACUACAAGGUCGGGUUCAAGCAGGGAACCUCUCAUCUUGCGAGGAGCGUGGGGAGCGGGAUCUCGGGGUUCAUGAACAAGCCUGUGGAGGGGUACAACAGGGCUGGGAUGAAGGGGAUGAUGCAGGGGAUGGUGCAUGGGGUCGCAGGCCUCAUCUGCAAGCCAACCUCAGGGCUGCUGGACCUGAUCGCCAACACGAGCGAGGGGCUCAGAAACCAGACGAACCCCCUUGGGAAAGUGACGGUAGGGAGGAUGCGGGAGCCAAGGCUCCUCAACUACGACCGCGUCCUGCGCUCACUCAACGCGGCUCCUCUCCCGCACAUCGAGCUCUUCCACCGCCUGAUCGGAGACACUCGCUCCGAUCUCUCCUUGCAUGGCGACCUGCAGAGCGACAUGUACCGCAGUCACAUCGUCCUCGACGACGGUGUCCUCUUCUUCACCGACAAGCACUGCCUCUACGCACGGCGGCAGCCGGCGGCGUCGGACGGGUGGGGGGAGAAGGGAAUCAAUGCGCCGGUGAAGCCAGCGCAGGCGAGUGGCUGCUCCCUGGUUUGGUGUAUCUCCUGGAGAGACCUGGGGGGGAUCGAGGCAAGGGGCGACUGCGUAUGGCUCCAGGCAGAUCCAUCAGCCUAUGCUGAUUGGGAGAAAGUGCCGUUUCCAUGCCGUGAAGACGUACAGCUGAUCUUGUACGCGAUGCAUGACGCGUGGAAGGGAGGGGUAGAGGACGAAGAGGUCGAGCUGGUUGCUUGA